AUGGCGCACGACGCAUCGGCGGCGACGACGGCGCAGAAGCGCAAGUACACCGAGGAGGAGGAGACGGCCGGCCUGUGCGCCAACGGCUGCGGCUUCUUCGGCGCCGCCGCCACCGGCAACAUGUGCUCCAAGUGCUACCGCGACCACGUCCACGCCGCCACCGCCGACACCGCGGCCGCGGGGAGCGUCUACUUCAUCGACCCUGCUGGCUCGACCGCGCCGCCGCCGGCGAAGAAGGCCAGGAUGACCGUCGCCGUCCCGUCCUCUGAUGGUGCGGCCGCCCCCUCCGCCGCCGUGGCGGUUGACCCCGCCGUGACGCCCGCGAAGCAGCCGGCGGUGCCGGCGAACCGGUGCGCGGCGUGCGGCAAGAAGGUGGGGCUGCUGGGGUUCCGCUGCCGCUGCGAGGGCACCUUCUGCAGCGUGCACCGCUACUCGGAGAAGCACGACUGUGGAUUCGACUACAAGGCCGCCGGCCAGGAGCAGAUCGCCAAGCACAACCCGCUCGUGGUUGCGGACAAGAUGACCGGAAGGAUCUGA